GAAAUGCAAUAGAGAAAGAGAGAGAAAGGCUUCCACUCCCAAUACUGAUAUUCCUCCAUAGCCUCUCUCUCUCUCUCUCUCUGAAGAUUUACGCUUAUUCAUCUGUGGGACUUGAGAUUGAGAAGAGGAGAAGCAAUGGGGAUGAGAGAUUAUUUUAUUUUGACAGCGAUUUCUGUUGUUUGGGCGGCUGUUUAUGCAAGUGAGGAGUGCGAUUUUUUCAGUGGGAGAUGGGAAAUCGACGAAGAAUACCCUCUCUAUAACUCCUCGGCUUGUCCUUUCAUUGAGAGAGAAUUCGGAUGCCAGAAGAAUGGCCGUCCUGAUUCUCUCUACACCAAAUACGCAUGGAAACCAUUGGCCUGCGAUUUGCAGAGAUUAAAUGCGGAGCAAAUGUUGGAGAGAUUUAGGGGGAAAAGCAUAAUGUUUGUGGGAGAUUCUCUAAGUCGGAAUCAAUGGCAAUCAUUGACAUGCAUCCUUCACUCUUCUCUGCCUAAUGCUAAUUACACCAUCGCCAGACAAGGAGAUGUUUCUACUUUCACUUUCACGGAUUAUGGAGUUAAAGUGAUGCUGGAUCGGAAUGUGUACCUGGUGGAUGUGGUAAGGGAACCAAUUGGUAGAGUUUUGAAGCUUCAAUCCAUUGAAGGUGGCAAGCUAUGGAAGGGCAUCGACUUGCUUAUCUUUAAUACUUGGCAUUGGUGGAACCGUAGAGGACCCACUCAACCAUGGGAUUAUAUUCAAACAGGAAAUGAGAUUAAAAAGGACAUGGAUCGUAUGCUUGCAUUCGAGGAGGCACUCACAACAUGGGGUGCCUGGGUCGAUUCAAACAUUGACCCAACCAAAACCCUGGUUUUCUUCCAAGGAAUUUCUCCAUCUCAUUAUAAUGGGAGCUUGUGGAAUCAACCAAGAGCAAAGACCUGUGUAGGGCAACAAGAACCUGUGGAAGGCUCAAGAUAUCCAGGAGGAUUGCCACUAGCUGUGGAUGUGCUAAAGAGAGCACUGAAAAAGAUUAGAAAACCAGUGAAAUUGCUUGAUAUAACACUCCUUUCUCUUCUGCGUAAAGAUGGACACCCUUCAAUUUAUGGGCUUGGAGCAAUGGACUGCAGCCAUUGGUGUCUUGCUGGUGUUCCUGAUACUUGGAAUCAAAUUCUUUACAAUCUCAUUCUUUGAGUUAAAUUAAUUUAAUUCAAAAUAGUUUAUUGAUUAAUUAUAAUUACGUAGAAAUUUCAUGCACUAUUAUUUUUAAACGAAUUAAUAAAAUUGUCAUUUUACGUGGCUGUCAU